UUCCUCCGCUUUGAACCUGUUUCUGCUUCUCCCGUAGUUUGUAUUUUGUGUUGUUUUUUUUUUUCGCCUAACCGCCACCGGAUGACGCAUUUGCUGUGGUAGGUUCCGUUGAGGCCGUGUAUGGGCCACUUUUACGGUCGCUUCGUGAUCGUGAUCAUUCAUCGAAAUGUAAAUAUUUACCUGGUUGUAACAGUUUCGUGUUUGCUGAUUGUGCUCACUAGCUCGCGACCGGUCCCGGCUUGGAGUGGAAUGGUUAAGCAACGCUGGGUUGAGUUGCUUGUUGGUUGAUAAAGUAGAAUUGCUUUUUUUUAAACCAUUCUUGCUGCUGGUAGGAUGUUUUAUGUUACUUUCAAUUGUCUACAGCUGCUUUUUUCAAUAUUUUGUGAUAUUGCUACAUGUGAGCAAUAUUCAUAAUUUUAAGAGAAUUGUAUAUAUUUCCGACAUUUAUCACUUUUCUCAAUAGAGUGUGAUAAAAAAGCACAACUAAUGUGCAUUAAUAAAUCUUCGUGAUGAAGUGGUUGAUCCGCGGUUAUGCUCUUUUAACCACACAAACCAACACGCACACACAUCACUACCGCCAAUCCAUAGCAGGUGGCAACUUGACCGUAUGUCCGUGACCGUGGGUGUGUUGAAGGAUGUUUCACUCUAAACUGUAAAAGAAACGAAUACAAAAAAACAGCCCGUCUUUCAUAACAUUCCCGGCUCAGCAUGGGUGGAAAUGGGUAUGGAAUUUCCCCAAAGUGCAGAGGUAUUCUUUUUUUUUUGUGGGGCGUGUGGAACACAACAUCAGCCAGCCAGCCAGCUAAAGGGCAGGUCAGUAAAGCGUGCACUCUGAGUGAAAGCAGACGGCAAUUUAUCGGUGGAAAGAGCGAUUCACUUUUCACAUUUCACACGCGAAACCAACUUCGUUGCAUAGAGGAAUGUAAUCCCCCGCGUGCAUUAGUUGUGAGCAGCAUAUCGGCAGUGUUGCACUGAUCGUGAUUGCCCUUUCGCGAUCGCGUUUAAGCCACAGAGCUGUGUGCGUGCAUCUUGAUAUCGAGGCAGCAAACACUUCGGCGCCGAGUUUUCCGAGCGGUAGUGGGGCAAUAGUGCAAUCAAGCUAGGAAACAAACUAUCAUCAUAGGAGCACGUGAGUUUGCGAAUUCACUCUCGCAAACGGUCGUCAGCUUCCUUCGCUGCUGUGUGCUGUGAAUGUACUCCGUCAUCAUCAUCACCAUCAUCAUCAGGUCGAUUCGCGUCCACUGACUUCUCAUAUAGCAUAAAGCGGGCACAAAAAGCCAGCCAGACACAUGAUAUUCUAUUCUUUGGGUUCGGUUACCGGUGGGUGAUUGAGGGUUCAGUAUGUUAGUUGGUUAGUUGGCGUAGUUCGUUCGGGGUUGCUCUAGCGACGCGACAUCGUCAGUCACACAGUGGGCCGUGCGUGCUCGUUGCCAAAUAAGCACACUAGGGACGACAACAACAACAGAGUACGGUGUUUUAUUAGACGGUCGAAACCUUGAACCGUUCGCAGGGACGAUGGAAUAUUAAUAUUAGAGUGUUAGUGUGUGUUCGUCGGGUUGUUUGUGUUGUGUGGUGUACGCCUGACUUGGCGGCAUUGAUUAGAUAUUGAUUGCGGAAACUUAUUGCUUCGGAAUUAGUUCGGAACAGUCUUAUCAAUAUCAUCUAACAUACACGACCACACAGGCGCUUAGUGGAUUAGAAUUAUAAAACUACGACGUAUGUUGUGUACGAUUUGCAAAGGGAUUGCUUCAUGUUAGUGAGGCAGAUGCGGUGAAAAGUGCAUUAUUGUGCUGUUGUAUAAGAUGGUGAUUGGAGAGAAACACUUUCGCUGUCCUAUAUGAGCAUUGUGAGGACGAGUUUUGCCUGGCGAGAGGCUUACGAUCAAGGGGAAACAAUACUGUUCGUUGUUAUCUCCAGUCGCGAUUAGCCAGUAAAAUGAUAAGAAAGUAAAACUAUCUCUAAUAGCCCGUAGUGUCGAUGGUCGUUAUAAUUCCAAUUAAAUCCUUUCGAAACGAUAACCAAAUUUAGUUCUGUUUGAACGGUCUAAUCUAUGCUGCGUAGCGACUCUUUGUAUGAGUAAUGUUGCCCUUUUCUUAUCGUAAAACGCCUCUAGUACGACGAACUAUGAACCAGCCAGAAUCGUUACCAAUCGUUGUUCAAACCGUGGCAAAUCAUUUACUCUUGGCAGCCAACAAAUACCAAACAGCAUACGUGUGUGACCCCGAACCAGCUGUUCGUUCAAUCAUCUCCCUUGUACGCCAUGGAGGAAUGUGCGAAUGUCGACUCGCUUGAACUGUGAACCAAACGGUCUGGAGUUGCUUCUACCUUUUUUGUCUCCUUUUCCUGUGGAAACGACCGCGCUAGGGAAAAUGUUCACAAAAAACACACACACAAAGAACAUCUUGGCCACGGAUGUCCGUUAGGGUGACCGUUUGAUGGUGGAACAUUAAGUGGUAAUAGUACACCACUCGCGCCGCUGCAAAGGAAUGUUUUAGGUGAUAUUUUUGUCAACGGCGAGUGUUUGCGUUUAGCCGCUGCCGUUUUGUUGUUUGUAUGGUGUGGGUGGGCAGUGGUUUAAAGGCGACAAACCAAACAGCUCUCCACCUAACACAGAUCAUUCACACAUCGAACUCAUUAAGAGUGGACACAAGCGCAGGCGUCGUUGUGAGGAAUCGUGUACGUUGAUCGCAUUUCACCGCGAGCAGAAUUUGUGCACGGGGCGGCUGUGUUGGUGAUGGCGAUGACGAUGAGCUCGAUCUGCUGCUGUGUGUUGCUGCACAUCUUCCCCGCGCAUGAAAGAGCAUUGCCACCGCCGCCUCUGCCGCGAUCUCAGUGCUGUUGAGUGAAAGAUCGCCAUGCUCACGUGCACUACGAUGGGGCUCGUAAAUGAGCGCGCGAAGGGACAACUGCAGUGCGCACAGCAAUGACAAUUCAAUUGUUUCACUGUGCGGUAUGAUUGUUUCUUUUUAGUUUGAAAUUGGCCCUUUUUUGUAUCAACUAGGCGAAAGAACUGAAGGUGAAAACGGUUGCAAAGAUUUUAAAUGCACUUUUCAAGAUUGCAUCAAGCAUCCCCAGAGCACGGCACGUGUGGUGAUUGUGACGCGUUGUGGUAGAGCGCAGCUCGAGCCGCGUUUGGUCUGUGUGUGAGAAGCGCAAUCGGUGUGAGAAAAUCUAGUGUGCUGCGGGGCGCUCUCGCGCGAAAUUCAAAUACCGACACUUUUUGCUCCUGCGCUCGAGAGAGCGCGAUCUCAUCGCGCGCGCACCCGCCUCGGCCGGCGAAACAACAAUGCAUUUACAUCCGAGCUGCUCACAAUCGAACCUCUGCCUGAACUCGCCACUCUAUCGCAACUUCAACCAUCCGGCCACGGCGACACCGGCGACAGUGCUCAGGGUUAGUCCACAGCCGGUACCGAAGGUACGUACCAGUCGGUCGCACUCGUCGUCGUCCGCGCUCGGUGGCGGCGGUGGUCUCGGCGGUGCAUCCGGCGUUGGAGACUUCUGGACCGGUGGCAGUGCGCAUCCGAACAGCUGCAGUGUCAACACGGGACUGCUCAGUGGUCUCGGUGCAGCGGGCGCCAGCUUUCACGGGGGCGCUGCGUCAUCACUCUUCGCCCAGGAAGCGUUUCGACGAUCCAACCUAAGCACAAUGUCACAAACCGGCGAUGAUCUGCACACACCCAACUAUCUGUCCUGGCGAAAGCUACAGCUGAGCCGUGCGAAACUAAAAGCUUCCAGUAAAACGUCCGCCCUGCUGUCUGGAUUUGCCAUGGUCGCUAUGGUUGAGGUGCAGCUGGAUGAAAAUACCAAAGUGCCAUCGGCAAUGCUGAUAGCGUUCGCCGUGUGCACCACGCUCCUGGUGGCGGUGCACAUGCUGGCGCUCAUGAUCAGCACCUGCAUCUUGCCCAACAUCGAGACGGUGUGCAACCUGCACAGUAUCUCGCUCGUACAUGAAUCGCCCCACGAGCGGCUGCACUGGUACAUCGAGACGGCGUGGGCCUUCUCUACCCUGCUCGGCCUAAUCCUCUUUCUGCUCGAGAUCGCCAUCCUGUGUUGGGUGAAGUUUUACGAUCUCAACACGACGGCCGCCUGGUCGGCCUGCAUAGUGCUCAUUCCAGUGCUGGUGAUCUUCGUGGCGUUCGCGCUCCACUUUUACCGCUCGCUCAUGAUGCACAAGUACGAGGUGACCGUGUCCGGCAUUCGGGAGUUGGAGAUACUCAAGGAGCAGAUGGAGCAGGACCAUUUCGAUCAGCAGCAGCACCAUCACGGGAUACUGCACCCGUCCGGGCUGCAGAUCGUGUGAUGCAAAGCCAUCGACUUCCAUAACCACUUUUAUAUUUUUACAAAUUACACCAACUGUGAUUUCAUGCUUCAACAUAAACCUUAAUUGUGAACCUCGAUUGGAUAGGAUCUGGUUUGUUUGUUUGAUUUUUUAUUUUUCUCUAUUCCUUUCCUUUAACUGUUUCCUUUGUAGUAGGUCCCUUUUCUCACAAUACCUCCCUAUCCGCGAUAGCUUCUAGUGAUGAGAAACUAUGUCUAGUGUAAUAAUCGAUUUAUUUUAUUUCCCUUUCGCACCCAACAUAACUGUAUCACACACAAAAAAGACAUCGAGUAGAGAAAGAGAGAAAAACUAUUGUUACUUACCCUUUAACGAUCACGAGUAGACAACUAAUUUAAUUGCUAACGAGAAAUGUAUGACGAGCAUGUGAACCGUUGCCGGUCAGAUUUAUGCAAAUAAAUCACAAAUUAUAAUCGAA